CUGGAAUGAACUUUUCAGGGUCAGAGAAGAUUUCUUCAUCAUGCAUGAAGGCGAAGACUGGCACGCCAAUGCAGGAUCCAGCCUCAAUAUGCACACCUUUGAUUGUGCGGGCUUCGGCUGCUCGGCGUCCGAUCCUGCAACAGGAUUCUGUGAUAUGAAUAAUAGUCUUGAAUCUGAGAGAACGCCGAUAAACGUGAAUUUGAAAGACUGGACACCAAAGGCAGCAUGGACACUGAAGACUCAAGCCUUGACUGGUCAGGUGUACGUUGAUGAAGUAGAAGUGGAUGAAGAAGGGAUUGCGGAAGUAUUGAUGGAUGACAAUGUCAUUGCAAAUGUUUCAAGACCUGGAACAUCACUCCGCAAACCAGGAACAAGCAGUCAAAGUGGACCAAGCCCUGGUGUCAGGCCUACCUCCCAAUCUGGGCGACCUUUGAGUGGGUUUGUGCGACCAGGAACACAAGGUGGUAGACCAGGGACAAUGGAACAAGCCAUCCGCACCCCUCGCACUGCACAUACAGCACGACCUGUUACCAGCUCUUCAGGGCGAUUUGUUCGCCUUGGCACAGCAUCCAUGUUGAGCAAUCCAGAUGGCCCUUUCAUCAACCUUGCCCGCUUGAAUUUUUCAAAAUAUGCUUCUCGUCCCAACUUGGCUAAAGCUCUGUUUGAAUACAUCUUUCAUCAUGAGAAUGACAUCAGAAAUGCACUAGAACUGGCAGCACUUGCUACUGAAGCAUGUCAGUUUAAAGACUGGUGGUGGAAGGUGCAACUUGCCAAGUGUUAUUAUAGGCUAGGAAUGUAUAGAGAUGCAGGAAAACAGCUGAAAUCAGCUCUUGACCAGCAGGCAAUGGUGGACAUAUUCCUCUAUCUUGGUAAAGUGUAUGUCCGUCUGGAUCAGCCACUCACAGCCAUUGAGACAUACAAGCAAGGGCUUGAAAAAUUUCCAGGGGAGACCUCUCUGCUUACAAGCAUUGCCAGAAUAUAUGAGGGCUUAACAGAAAUGGACAAUGCUGUCAAGAUCUACAAGGAUGUGCUACAGUUCGAUAACAUGCAUGUGGAGGCCAUUGCCUGUAUUGCAACACACUAUUUCUAUACGGACCAGCCAGAGAUGGCACUAAAAUUCUACAGACGCCUGCUGCAGAUGGGUGUGUACAACGCCGAGCUGUUCAACAACCUGGGUCUGUGCUGCUUCUACGCGCAGCAGUACGACAUGACGCUGACGUGCUUCCAGCGUGCGCUGUCCCUGGCCGACGAUCAGACCCUGGCCGACGUGUGGUUCAACAUCGGUCACGUGGCCCUGGGCAUUUGUGACCACAAACUGGCGUACCAGUGUUUUCGCUUGGCCCUCGCCAGUAACAACGACCACGCUGAGGCCUACAACAACCUGGGGGUGCUGGAGCUGAAGCGCGGCCAUGUGGAGUCGGCUCGCGCUUUCUUCCAGGCAGCUUUUGUACUGGCGCCACACAUGUACGAGCCACACUACAACUUCGCCGCGCUGGCAGAUCAGCUGGGAGACCUGCAGAGCAGCUACCUUUCAGCCCGCAGAGCUGUGGAGGCGUACCCAGACCACAAGGACUCGCAGGAGCUGCUCAAGCAGCUGCGACAGCACUUCUCUCUUCUGUGAGCAAGUUCCGCCACGUCAUUUCCUGUGUGACAUCAUGGCGCCGCUCGCGGUCGUGACGUCACCCUUUUCUGUCGCCAUCGUUACAGAACGUCUUUCAUCGAGUCGUUCUCGUGUUGUUCUCGUAUUUUAUUUAUUUCGCGAGAACACGUGGUAUGGAGCAGGACAGUAGUUGAACUGUUGAGAGGUAGUUCUGAUGGCGUAGUCGCUGGCUUUGGAACCUGGCUUGCACAAACUGUAUGCCUGUGAUGUUUAUCCCUUGAAACAUUCCCCAACUCCCACCCCCACCACGUGACAUUUUAAGGAAGCAGAUGAGAGGAGGAGUGGGUGCUGUAGUUCCGUCCAUAUCAUGAUGUCCAAGUGCAGCUCUCGGGCCACGCCUUCAAAGUCACGGACAAACAAGCAAGAUGGCAGCUCUGCCCUCUGUAACAUAGGCGUUAGUAACGCUUUGAUGGUUUGUGAGAUGUGAUGUAUACUACAGUAUGUGUUGUCAGUAAAGAGAAUGUGCCCGAUAUUUUUGUCCGACAAGUUAAUAAAUGUGGCAAUAUGUUUAUACUGUAA